AUGUGCCUUACAAAAUUAACUACUUCACUGACGUUUAUUCUACUUCUAGUAGUUGCUAUAUUAGUAAUAAUUUCAAUUGCAUUAAAUGCUGCUACGCUUGGUAUAAUUAAUAAACGAUUUAAUGAAAUUAAAAAUGAGAAUGGUCAAACAACAAGUGAAACUACUAUUCCAACAGGACCGAUAACGACAAGCACCGUGCGACCACCUAUCACUUUUAACUUGGCUGAUUCAAUUCGUAUUGAAGAUUUAAUGUACCAUCUUAAUGAGUUACAACGUAUUGCUAAUAAUACAGGCAAUACUCGUGCUAUUGGAACUCGUGGAUUUACAGAAACAGUUAAUUAUAUCUAUAAUUAUCUAGUUAAUAAUGUUGCUACUUUAGAAGUCUUUCGAGAACAAGUACCAAUACAGAAUUUUACAAUUAAAGGAGAUCCAAUAUUGAUCUUAUCUAUCAAUGAUAGUAAUGAAACAUUCACUUAUUCAACUAAUUUAGCAAGAUCCGAUUUCACUUAUGUCAAUUACUCAGCUCCUAUCAAUUUAACAAAAUUUAAUUUAGUAGUUGUUCCUAAUAAUGGAUGUAAUGACCUCGAUUGGCAAAAUGUAAGAGGCCGAGCAGCAUCAGUAGUAGUUGGAGGCACAUGUACUAGUGCCGAAAAAGGUGAGUUAGCCAAUAAAUAUAAUGCAUCGGCUUUGUUGUAUUACAAUCAUGGCUUGACAACUACGAGUCUUGCACCUGUCAUUAUACGUCUUCGUCAAGCAAAUAAAUUACCAGCACUCUUUCUAUCUUAUGCUGCUGGACAAAAAUUAGUCAAUGUAGCUAAUUUAACCAAUGUGAAUAUUUGGCUCCAGGUUGAACGUGAAGAUUAUCCAUCGUUCUACGUUGAAAAUAUCUGUGCCGAUACAAAAGAAGGCAAUAUUAAUGAAACCAUUGUUGUGGGUGGUCAUAGCGAUAGUGUACCUGUUGGACCAGGAAUUAAUGACAAUGGUAGUGGAACAAUGGCUAUUCUGGUUUUAGCGACGAAUUUGGCUCGUCUUUACCAAUCUGGUAAUUAUACUAAGUAUAGAUAUCGUGUUCGAUUUUGUUGGUGGGCUGCUGAAGAAAUCGGACUUGUUGGAGCAACUUAUCAUGCUCAACAAGCAAAAAAUUCAUCUGUUCCUCCUGGUCAACAACUUCAAGAUUAUCUAAUUAAUCUUAACUAUGAUAUGCUUGGAUCCCCUAAUUUUAUGUUGGGUAUCUAUGAUGGUAGUACAGCAAAACCGGGUACUCCACAAUCGGCAAUCAAUGGAAGUAUUCGAAUCUCUGAAGCAUUUUGUAAUUGGUUUAAUACAAAAAAUUUACCGUGGGAUUAUACUGAUUUUAGUGGUCGAAGUGAUUAUGGCCCAUUUUUAGCAGCUGGUAUCGUUGCAGGUGGACUAUUCUCUGGUGCUGAUGAGACUAAAACCGCUGAACAACGUACUAAAUAUGAAGAAAAACUCGGUCAAGGUGGUUUGACAGGUGCAAUUCUUGAUCCUUGUUAUCAUAGAGCAUGUGAUACAACUGAUAAUAUUAAUCAAUUGGGUUAUGAAAAAAUGGUUCAAGCAGCAGCAUACAUGCUUGAAUACUUAGGCCAAAAAGAUGAUUUGCCAACAUGGUUAUAUCCAAAUGGACGACAAAUGCCUCGAUUACCAGAUGAUUAUUUUCCUAACAGUGAUUACUUUCGAGAUACGAACAUUUAG